AAGUUCAAGGGUCUUCUUUCAAGGGUAUAUUGUGUGCUCCACAAGCAAUACAGAAUUUAAGAUCUGUGAUAGGUUGCAAGUUCAAGGCUUUUUUCCCCCCCAUCUCAUCUUGCUUCUUCAGACAGACGAUUCCGUGUCCAUAUGGUUAAACAUACAGUCCAGCUUACAAGUCAGUUGAAUGCAAUUCUUCCAUUUGAUCAACAAUGGAGACUAGUGAAUCAAUUCAUAGUCGUGGUCAUGAGAAUAAUAUGUUACACCCACUUCUUGCCAAGGCGGAUACAGUUGUAUUUGGGGAUGAGCAGGAUGAAGUGAAGUGCAGUAAAGCUCUAGUAUGGGAGGAAGUAAAGAAACAAUGCUGGAUAGCAGGGCCCAUGGUGUCUGUAAAUUUGCUACAAUUCAGCUUGCAGAUGAUAUCUGUUAUGGUGGUAGGGCAUUUAGGGGAGCUUGCUCUCUCUAGUGCAUCCAUUGCUACUUCCUUUGCAAGUGUUACUGGCUUCACUCUGCUGAUGGGAAUGGGAUGUGCAUUGGAAACACUGUGUGGACAGGCCUAUGGGGCAAAGCAAUACCAUCUGCUUGGGAUUCAAGUGCAGAGAGCAAUUUUUGCUCUUUUUUGUGUGAGCAUACCGGUUGCUGUGGUGUGGGCAUACAUGGGCAACAUUCUAAUUGCAUUUGGGCAGGACCCUUCAAUAUCUAUUGAAGCAGGGAAAUUUGCCAGAUGGAUGAUUCCCAGUCUGUUUGCUUAUGCAGUUCUUCAACCUCUUGUAAAAUUUCUCCAGACGCAAAGCAUUGUCUUUCCCAUGAUGCUAUGCUCUGCAAUUACUUUGUGUUUCCAUGUUCCUAUCUGCUGGGCUCUGGUAUUUAAAACUGGAUUAGGUAGUCAAGGGGCUGCCUUGGCAAGUAGCAUUUCCAACUGGGUCAAUGUGGCACUUCUUAUACUAUAUAUUGAAAUUUCACCUGCAUGCAAGAGGACAUGGACCUCCUUUACAAGGGAGGCGUUGCAUGAUAUUAGACAUUUUCUCAAGCUUGCCGUUCCAUCUUCACUGAUGAUUUGCUUGGAGUAUUGGUCCUUUGAAAUGCUUAUUCUCUUCUCAGGCCUGUUGCCCAAUCCAAAACUUGAGACAUCGGUUCUUUCAAUCUGCCUUAACACUAUUUCUCUAGCAUAUAUGAUUCCCUUUGGUUUGAGUGCUGCUGUGAGUACACGAGUUUCAAAUGAACUAGGAGCUGGACACUCGCAUGCUGCCCGCUUAGCAGUGUAUGUAGUGUUCUUUAUGACAAUCAUGGAGGCACUCAUGGUAGGGUGUCUUUUAUUCUCUAUACGAAAUGUUUGGGGCUAUGCUUACAGCAAUGAAAAGGAGGUCAUUGAUUAUGUUGCAAGCAUGAUCCCACUGCUAGCAGCCUCCUCAAUUUUGGAUGCAAUCCAAGGCACCCUUUCAGGCAUUGCUAGAGGAUGCGGCUGGCAAAAAAUAGGUGCUUAUUGCAAUCUUGGGGCAUACUAUUUGGUUGGCAUUCCUAUAGCUGUCCUUUUGGCCUUUGUACUGCAUAUUGGUGGCAGGGGACUAUGGCUUGGAAUUAUCUGUGGCCUUUGUGUACAAGCAGUUUUACUAUUCUUGGUAACUUCAUGUACAGACUGGGAACAACAAGCAAGAAAUGCAAGAGAAAGAGUAUAUACAUCAGCAUUACCCGAGGUUACUGAUGAUAUUACGAAGGAUGAUAUAAAAUAUCAACCGUGAUGCUGACAAGUUUUGUAGUCAAUUUUCAAACUCUUGAACACACAAGAUUGAUUUUUGGCUACCUUGAGCUCUAAAAUGUGUCGAGCUACAUCAGCUGUAACAGCAGUGCCUUUAUUAAGUGAUACAUUUUCCUUAAUUUAUUUAAUAUGCUUGAUAGAGCUGGAAAAAGCGGCAUCAUUUUUGGAGAGAGCUCACUUGUAACUUGCAAGUGAAUAGCAAGAGAAACUAUUGUCGAUUUGCUUCUUCAAUUUUGAUCAAAUUAUUCAAUCAGGAUAAAUGUUCACAUGAAAGAUGCCACACUCAAGUCACUAGUAUGAGUUGAUUUCCCAUCACUAAGAAUUUUUUUUAAUAAGUAAAACCAUACAUAAUAGAACCCUCUGAUUACAAAAAUGAACUAUGAAUGUAUUUAAGAUGAGUGUCUAAAGUAGAAGUGGGUGCCAUGUAGCAGCUUGAGGUGUUGUGUUCAAAUUUCUUUGGUUACAGGGCAGAUUCCUCUAGUUCUGUUUUCUCAGCUUUGUUGCAGAACAUAAACAAAGCUGAAGUUGGAGAGAUGGACUAAGAUGUUAUGUCUUAUGCAAAUGAAGGAAGAACAUGUCUUUA